AACACACUGGCCAUUUUGGACAAACUGGACAUCGACAGCGAGAAGCCGUCAGAAGAGGAAAUUGCCAGAAUAUUCGGGUAUGAAGAGGCAUACUUAUCUGGAGAACUUGGCAUCUGGCAGAGAAUUAAACCGAAAAUAUGGGCGUUGUUCGACGAGCCAUCGAGCUCACCAGCCGCGAAGGUGAUAUCGGUUGUAUCGGUGUUCUUCAUCUGCGUAUCAGUACUCUGCUUCUGUUUGAAAACACAUCCAGACCUUCGAGUAUUGGAGCCCACGCCGUAUCCAGAUGAUGAAGACAUCGGCGACAACGCAACAGCGAUGGACGAGAAUUUGGCAGGGUGGCUCGAUAACGGUCAGCCGCACAUUGCGUUCUUUUAUAUUGAGCUGAUAUGCAAUGUGUGGUUCACCAUUGAACUGCUCGUUCGAUCUGUGGUAAGUAGGUUUUAUUCAUUGCAUUUUGAUGUGAAAUAG